UUGUUAUUAUGCAUCACGACGGCAUUGUUGAAUCGCUUCCUUCGCGGAGGCAAGGCCAGGAAAUAUCCACCGGGACCCAAGCCAUGGCCCAUUAUCGGCAACAUGUUUGUCUUCAAGGGGAUCGUCUACGACACAGAGGCAACACUUGCUCGGUUGGCCAAGAGCUUCGGCGACAAGGUCAUGAUCUGGCUCUUUUCGAAGCCGUUUCUGAUCGUGGACAAGCUUGAAGAUGCCAAAGAACUGAUGGACAAGCGAGGUUCCAUCUUCUCCGACAGACCAAGGCCAAGCAACUUUGUUGAGCGCGUUUGGCCUUGUUUGUUGCCCAUCAAGCCGCUCGGUGACGAGUAUCGGAUCGUGAGGCGAAUCUACAACGACCUGCUCGGCCCCAAGCAGUCCCAAUCAGUCAGAAAGUACCAAGACUACGAGUCCAGGAUGCUGAUGCGAGAUCUGUACAACGCUCCGGAGAAGUUCCAGGUCAUCACGGAGCGAUAUUCAAUGAGUGUCAUUUUCAGUGCCGUGUACGGCGUACGCAUUGGUCGCCUCGACUAUCCUGUGAUUGAAGAACUGUUUAGCAUCAUGGACACUAUGGCGAACUACAUUCUGCCGGGAAGCCUGCUCAUUGACUAUCUCCCCUUUCUCCAGAGGCUGCCCGAGUGCUUCCAGCCCUGGCUCAAGUUUGCAGACACAAUGCAUGCUCGCGAGUCAAAGUUCCACAAUGGUUUUCUGAACGUCCUCAAGGAGCAGAUUGAGGCGGGAACUGCGUCCUACUGCUUUGGUGUUGAUGUCCUGAAGCUCCAGGAGAAAACCGGCCUUAGUGAUGAAUUCACGCUCGACAUUCUCAAGGGAGUCAUUGCUGCCGGCUCUGAAACAACCAGCAGUAUGCUGCAAUCCAUCUUCAAGGCCCUCGCAAUGAAUCCCGAGGCCCAGAGAAAGGCCCAAGAAGAGCUGGAUCGUGUUGUUGGACCAUCACGCUUGCCGCACUGGGACGAUGCCCCCAAUCUGCCCUAUAUCCGUGCCCUCAUCAAGGAGCUUCAUAGAUGGACUCCUCUCUUCAUCCUCGGGGUGCCUCAUGCCUCCACCGAGGAGGUCGUCUACAGAGGAUACACGCUGCCGCAAAAGACCCUGGUGAUGCCUCACGUCUACCGCCUGUCACGAGAUCCCGACGUCUACGAGAACCCCGAUGCCUUUGCGCCCGAGAGGUUUCUCGGCGAUGACCUCGACUCGUAUGCCAGCGCCAAGCAGAGCGACUUCCGCAAGCGUGACCACGUCAACUACGGCUGGGGACGACGGCUGUGCCAGGGCAUCCAGGUCGCCGAGAACUCCAUCUUCAUGCAGGUUUCUCGGCUUCUGUGGGCGUACAAUGUUGCGCCUCUGCCUGACGAG